AUGUCCCUUUUGAUUAAAAUCUUUUUUUAUAAUAAAAACUUUUGUUUUUUUUUAUUUUUACUCCUUUUUUCAUGGAAUUUUUUGUAUUAUCCCGGAUUUUUCCGUCUUUUUUUAAACCCUCUAAAAAUGCUUGAUCAAACUUCAGAUUCUAAAAUCAAAACUUUAGAAGUAAAUUUAAAAAACAAUUUGGGUUAUAAAAGAACCAUAUCAAACAAAUUAGAUUCAUUUCUGUCAGAUCUCGAAGAUCUAGAAAAAUCUACAAUUAAAAUACCUAUUUUUUUAGAUUUAUCGGAUAAACAACUAAUUAAUCGCUAUAAUGCUUAUACAAAUAUCGGCUUACUAAUUACUUUUCAAAACAGUUUGACAUCUUUGAUAACUUGUUUACUAAAAAUUGCGAGCUACUGA